AUGUGCAUAUCUCCUACUCACUUCUUUCACAACAUGAGCGUGUUUGACACUCCGUCUCCAUCUAAUUCCUCUCUUGAAUCAUCUCCAUUUUCACAAGACCUACAGCAGAAAAAAUGCGCAAUUUGCUUUCGACCCGCAUUUAGUAACAACUAUGGAGUUCUCACGUGUGAUGCCUGUAAAAUGUUCUAUCGUCGGAUCGUCAUUUUAAAUCGAGAAUACAAAUGCAAAUAUGGUGGAGGGUGCGCCCACGUGGCAAAGUCCACAGUGGUCAAGUGUAAGGGAUGUCGAUACCAACAGUGCCUGGAAGCCGGAAUGACGUUCCAGCCGAGCUUUGCUGAGCUUACAAACGAAAAGGAUUUUGACGCAGCCACCACUGUUGCGACCCUGCGGUUUUUGGAUUCGAGACGCAGCAAUGCGAUGAAAACGCAGUUCACUGAUGAGGAUUUCUCGUUGCUUGAGGUAUUGGAGAAGCGGAGGAUGAAGAUGAAAGCGAGGAGAUCCGAAAUCACAAAUCACGAAUGGUCAUUUUUCGGAAUCUACACUUCAAUCGAAUUCCUAAUGUCGCUUGACUUUAUGAGCUCACUGAAUUUGAAUAUUCAGGAUAAAAAAAUCUUGCUUAAACACUACUGUGUAAAGGCGUCGCUGUUUGCCAGCGCGAUGAGAGCAAUGAAGGAGCAAAGGAACACUUUGAUGACCGUCGAUGGCAAGGAAAUUUAUCCAGAUGCAAUUCUUCGGCUAAAACAGAUUUCACCGCAAUUUCUACAGAGGAUUCGAAGUCUGUUAGUGAUGAAGCUUAUUGAAUUGAAAAUAACUGAUGAAGAGUUCGCACUGGUCAAUGCUAUAUUUUUCUGUAACGCAGCGCUACCUCUAUCCGAAGACGGCCAGAAAACAGUGGUGACUCAGCAAAAAGCCUACUCUUCAGCACUCCUACAGUUUUGCAACGUUGAAAGUAGUCGAAAUGGGCCGACAAGAUUCACAAAUCUGCUUUCACUUUUGCACGUGAUCAACAAAAACUUUGAAGAUGUGAAGGCAAUGACCAUGCUUUUCAGAAUAUUUGUUAAAGAUGUGUCUUACAGAAAAAUUGUGACAGAUGUGAUAUAA